CUCUGAACGUAGCAUCAAGAAGCCAAAAUGGGAGCAGUAUGGUUUUUCGUUGUGACCACUGUAGGUCUGCUAUCCCUGCUGCAAUCUACUGAAGCAAACGGGGUUUCCGAAAUUACACGUCGUGAUCUACCGGAUGCAUUUCAGAUCUUUCUUCACCUGGAGGACGUGCUAGCCAUCUCAGACGCCGAUGACGAUGGCCUGUUUGAGUGUGUGGAGGCUAUACGCUCAGACAAUCGUAUGGAACCAAAAAUGGCAGCAUACGUGUUCUUGUUCAAGGGGCACCACGGGACAGAGAAAAAAAAUGUCACUUUCCACGUUAGGCCGGGCGCCACUCCGGACAGAAUCAUUAUCUAUUUCGACAACCAUACUGAAGAGGAAUUCGAAGCGCAGUAUUUGUACACGGAUUAUCAAACCUGCGCUAUUGUUAAAGGCUCCUACGAAGGUGAAAGGUGCCUACUACUGGUGUCCAAGGAAAUGGCAGAAGACGUACCAGAGUCCUGCUUAGCAAAUUUUGCAGACACCUGCGGUGUGGCAAGCAACUUGUACAGCAAAGAGCUGUGUCCGGAUGACGAAUAAUACAUUUCGAGUGCUGCAGCUCAGUUUGUAAGGCUAA